GUAGUGAGGGGUCAGACGAUAGAUGUGUUGAACGUAAGUAUUGACCAGUUUUUGGGUAUACCUUAUGCCGAACCACCCGUCGGGAGACUCCGGUUCGCCAAACCUGAACCCAUCAAAACACCCAAUAAGGGUAUAAUAGACGGGACAGUAGUGAAUGGCAGGUCAUGCCUACAGCCAUACGUUCCGCCAUUCUUUCAGUUUAUGAAAAAUCAAAGCGAAGAUUGUUUGGUAUUAAACAUAUGGACACCAAAUGCGGGCAAUAAUAACACAAACAAAUCACAGCUCAAACCCAUCAUGUUUUGGCUUCACGGCGGGGGUCUGUCUAUGGGCUCGAUAUAUGAGUUUCCCAAUUAUAACGGCACAGCACUGGCCACACAUGACGUGAUGGUUGUGACCGUAAACUACAGGUUAGGACCGUUUGGUUUCCUAUACGCCGGCGACGAGACGGCGCCCGGAAACGCCGGCCUCUAUGACCAACUGUUGGCACUCAAAUGGGUUAGAGAAAAUGCUGAACAGUUUGGCGGAGAUAUGGAUCGGAUCACCAUUUUUGGUGAGAGCGCCGGCAGUCAGUCGGUGUCAGCGCUGGUAUUGUCUCCGUUGGCCAAAGGGUUGUUCAAACGCGCCAUACAUGAGAGCGGAGUGUUGUUGACCAAUAAAAAGCGGCCAUACAUUUCAAAGACGGAAGCGUUGGAUCAGUUCAAAGUGAUGGCCAAUCAUUUCAAUUGUGGCGCCGAUCGCAACCAAUGGCUACAGUGUCUGCGAAAUGUCACCGAUUAUGAAGAGCUCAUCAAAACCUUUCCCAUGAAUACCUGUCCAGCGCUGGAGUCGACUGAGUUGUUGCCUGAGAUAAAUGCUCAAAAUGCGUUCAUAAAAAAUAAUUUCAAGUUGAAAGGUCUAGAUAUAAUGGUAGGCGUGUCCCGAAACGAGGGUUCAUUAGUAUCGCGGGCGGCUUACAACUGGAUGUUUGACCGGGAUAUCAACGAAACCGACUUCGAUGUCCUGAUGAAUCAGCUGAACGACCGAUUCAAAGACAUAGACAUACCGGCGGUAAAAGACUAUUACCUGAAAGGUGUGAACACAUCGGACUCCCAGUCCCUGAAACACACUUUCUAUGAUAUGGUAGGCGACGUGUGGAUCAAUUGUCCCGCAUAUCUAUAUGCCAGACAAUACGGUACAAAAUCGCCGGAUAGUCGCGUGUAUUACUACGAACAGACCUAUCAGAGUAAGAAUAUGAUAAAUGUGGGCUGCGUGGAGAGCACCAUGGGCAUUUGCCAUAUGGCGGACUUGCCAUUUGUGUUUGGUGUGCCCGUUAUGGAUGACCGCAAUUUUACGGAUAUUGAUAUCGGGUUUAGUAGACAAGUGAUGCAGAUGUGGACUAACUUCGCUAAAACAGGUAAUCCUGAUCCACAAUGGCUUGAAUUUUUGGAUAAAAAGUCUAAUACUUCGGCGACAAAAGUACUUGAUUUGAAUCCAUUGACUGAUAAACACAUGUUUACUGAUCUCUUCGCCGAAAGGUGUGAACACUUUUGGGGAAAUUAUUUCUUGUAA